AUGAGGGAUCAGUCCCAGUUUGUUUCUCUAUACCAGCUGGUUCCAAAUGAAAUUCAUCAGUACAAGGGAAUUGUCCAGUUGCUUCUGCAUUUCAGAUGGAAAUGGAUAUGCCUAAUGAUCUUUGAUGAUGAUGGUGGAGAACUUUUUUUGAAGAACCUGCUCCCAAUGCUUUCUCAAAAUGGCAUCUGUCCUGCCUUCAUUGCAAGGAUUUCCGUAUUAGUUUUUUUCAAGGACUAUGCAAAUGCACAAAUAAAAUGGCAUAAAAUAUUACUAGAUAUUUUAAAGAGUGAGGCUAAUACUAUUGUUGUCCAUGGAGAAACUAGGACUAUGUUAUCUUUGAUGAUUGUGCUGAAUGCAGGAGAUUCUAAAAAUGAAAAACUAUUUGGUAAAGUAUGGAUUAUGGCAGCACAGUUGGAUUUUGCAGCACUGGUCUUACAUAAGGAUUUGGAUAUAGAAAUCUUCCAUGGUGCUUUAGCCUUCACACCCCACUCACAUGAGAUACCAGGAUUCCAGCCUUUUCUUCAGAGCUUAAAUCCUCACCUGGCUAAGAGAGAUGGCUUCAUCCAGACAUUCUGGGAGCAGGCAUUUGGCUGUUCCUUGCUAAACUCUGAUACUGAGGGGAACAUUCAGAGCAGCUGCACUGGGAAAGAGAGGUUAGAAAGCUUACCAGGGCCUUUCUUUGAAAUAAGCAUGACUGGUCACAGUUACAGUAUUUACAAUGCAGUCUAUGCCUUGGCAAAUUCUAUACAUAUCAUUGAUUCCAGUGUUUCAGCACUCAGAAAAACAUUUGCCGGAAGACGAAUAGAAGAUGGAAUUCUACAGCCAUGGCAGGUAAUGCCCCUUUCUCUCUGCAAUCCCAUCUGUCCUCCUGGUUGUCAUAAGAAAAAAAAGGAAGAGAAGCCAUUUUGCUGCUAUGAUUGUGUUCCAUGUCCAGAAGGAAAGGUUUCUCCCCAGACAGACGUGGAUUCCUGCAACACCUGCCAAGAAGAUCAUUAUCCAAACAAGGAACAAAAUCAAUGCAUUCCUAAGGUGUUUUCCUUCUUGUCUUAUGAGGAGCCUUUGGGGAUGGGCUUAGCUAUUUCUGCAUCUUUCUUUUUUUCCAUCACAGUUUGGAUAUUAUGGAUUUUUAUAAAGUAUCGCAACACUCCUAUUGUCAAAGCCAAUAACAGGAGCCUCACUUACACCCUCCUUGUCUUCCUUCUGCUCUGCUUCCUGUCUUCAUUGCUCUUCAUUGGCCAACCUCAGAAUUUGACUUGUCUUUUCCGGCAAAUGGCUUUUGGAAUCAUCUUUUCUGUGGCUGUUUCAUGUGUGCUGGCAAAAAAUGUUACUGUGAUUGUGGCUUUCCUGGCCACCCAACCAGGAUCUGGAAUGAGAAAGUGGAUGGGGAAAAAACUAGCCAAUGCUAUAAUUCUUUGCUGCUCUUCUAUUCAAGCAGGGAUAUGUCUUAUCUGGCUGGCUACUUCUCCCCCAUUUCCUGAUUUGGAUAUGCACUCAAUGGCUGAGGAAAUUGUGUUGGAGUGUAAUGAAGGCUGGGCUGCUCUGUUCUAUUGUGUCCUGGGCUACAUGGGAUUCCUGGCUUUUGUCAGCUUCCUUGUGGCUUUCCAGGCUAGGACAUUACCUGACAGUUUUAAUGAAGCCAAGUUCAUCACCUUCAGCAUGUUGGCCUUUUGCAGUGUUUGGUUAUCCUUUAUUCCUACAUACCUGAGCACCAAGGGAAAAUAUAUGGUAACUGUGGAGAUCUUCUCUAUCUUGGCUUCCAGCAUUGGGCUGCUGGCUUGCAUCUUUUUCCCCAAAUGCUACAUUAUUUUGCUGAGGCCAGAACUGAACAUUUUAAAAAAAAAUAAAGAAAAGAAGAAUCACCAGAGCUUCAGAAACUUGACUUCAUAA